AUGUCGCAUUUGGCCAUCUUUAAAGCUACCAUUUUAGUGGCUUGCGUUGUGUCGCUGUGCCAGGGAACCAUUUGGGCUGAGGAUGUCAGUUCAAUGGCUCUAAAUUACUAUAAGGCGAGAGAUGUGAAGUGGUUGAAUGUGUUCUGUUGCUGGCCGCCUGCGCAAAAGCAUCGGUUUUUCCAAAUGCUGAACCAUGCCGGAAUGGCAGUUCGUUUCAUUGGUCAGAAAGAAGAGUCCAUCGAUGAGGCAGACAUCAGCAAGACAUCCAAGGGUGGAAUGUUGGUAGACGCAACGUGUAAAGCUGUACUGUCUGAUUUGUGGAAAAUGGUAACUGCCCCAGAGUACUAUAAGGGGCUAGACGAUACGACAGACACCAUUCACGAUGUGUAUAUGAGGUCCAAUUUCCCUAUCAUUAAAGCGUUGAUGGACGAGAUGAACUUUACUCUUAACAUGAUUCAAGUAGAUAAGGGUGGCUGGAAGAAGAAUGGUACCUUCACCACUGGCCUUUUCGGCAAGUUCCAGAACCAUUCGAUAGAGCUUGGUUGCACGGGUGCUUUAAUGCGUGCCGAACGCCUGGAGGUAGUAGACUUCCUGGCAGGUACCCUUUGGAUUAAAAGCAACAUCAUAUUUCGACAGCCGCCGCUUUCGAUUGUUGCCAACAUAUUCAAGUUGCCGUUCAGUGUCGGCGUAUGGGUGUCGUGUUUGCUCAUGGUGGUCAUCUACUGGGUGUCGAUGAUUUUGAUCCGUACCUUCACGACCGUGGAAUCGUUUACCGCAGUCGAGUCAUUGAUCUACAUUAUUGGUACAAUGUUCCAGCGAGGCUACGAACUGGUGCCGCAUUGCAACGGCACCCGACUGUUGAUGUUUUCGAUCCAAAUCACCAGUUUUUUCAUCGUCACGUCCUACUCCGCCAGCAUUGUGGCCCUGUUGCAGAGCCCGAGCCUUGCGAUUUCCAGUAUUAAGGAUUUGACCCAGUCACCACUGCGCGCUGCAGUUAUGGACAACACUUACAGUCGUAUGUACUACCGUGAGGCGCAGGAUCCCGAAGUGAGGGAGCUCUACUUGAAAAAGAUAAAGCCGCUCGGAGAAAAGGCGUUUAUCGAGGCUGACGAAGGGAUUGCACGCGUUAAAAAUGGGCUCUUCGCAUUUGAGGUGGAAGAAAAUGCAGCAAACAGACUGAUUAAAGAAACGUUUGAGCCUCACGACAUAUGCAAAUUGAAGGAACUCAAAGCCAUUCGAGUGCCUCUCUUCGGCAUCCCUAUAGUGAAGGGCAGCAAGUAUCGUGAGAUUUUCCGGCAGCGAAUAUUAUGGCAGCAAGAAGUGGGUCUCAUCAACAGGCUGCACAUCUUUUGGAUUCAGCGAAAGCCAAAGUGUGAAUAUUCUAGCGGUGUGUACACCUCGGUCGGCUUGGUCGAAAUGCGUUAUCUGUACAUAUUUCUAGUGGUAGGAUUCAUCGUUGCCUUGUUGGUUCUGAUGACGGAACGUACUUGGCUCAUGUUUGCCAUCAAACAUGCGAACGAUAUAAUGCCACUGUGCGACUGUUUAGGGCCCACGUUUACGGCCUAUCUCGGAUUGGUACGGCAACACAAUCUGAGAUCGUUCCGGCAGCAAAUUUGGGAAUUUGUGUAUGAGUUCACCAGGAUCAAACAACACUUGCGACUCAGUGAGCAGCGGAUUGUUGAAAAGUACAAUCGUAUCGCCCUGCGCCUGACCUGGGCCUACUUAAUUUCGGCCAUGCUAACGGGAACCCUGUUCGUCGGUUCAGCGCUGCUCAAGUUCCUAGUCUCGGAAACACCUGAUUACAGUUUGCCGUUAUUGAUGUACUUCCCUUUUUCUAUCAGCCAUCCUGCUACGUUCGCGGUAUUCUUUAUCUGGUGCAGUGUGGCUAUCUUUUGGGUCGUACUGGAAUGUGUGGCCUGCGAUUCUUCGUUUGGAACAUUUUGCUCGGGUCUUUUGGCUCAUUUCAUCGUUAUCCAAAAACGAUUUGAAGAAAUAAGCACCGACGAAGAGUUCGGAUCGUUGAGUUCACUUAUUCAACACCAUGCGUACAUUCUAGGCCUCUCGGAGCGUGUUAUAAGCGCCUAUAAGUUCAUCAUACUCAACCAGUUGCUGGUAUCUUCCCUUUUGUUGUGUAUGCUCGGGUUUCAACUGGUAAUAUCCGCCGGAUCGAGCGAAAUGGUGGUCUAUAUAGCAUACGGGAUGGCCAUUACGAUUCAAAUUACCUACUACUGCUAUUAUGGGUCACUGCUGGAGUAUGAGAGUCUACAGGUUCACAACGCUGUCUUCAGGUGUAAUUGGUACAACGCAAGCACGCAAACACAAAAAAUGCUUAUCAAUUGCAUGAUGCGAUCUAGUAAGCCUGUUAUCGCCAAAGCUGGAUUCACUCAGGCUUCCUUGUCGACGCUAAACUCGAUUCUCAAUUCAGCGGGAUCUUACGUCGCCCUUCUGAUGUCACUGUUGGAGUAA